AUGGACUACAAAGGCAAGGCCGUUGCAGGUCUCCUGGCAGCCACCUGUGUCUUCAGCAUCAUUGCCCUCAUUCUGAGCGUUGUGAAUGUGCAGGACGUAUUUCUGCCUCCCAGCACCAAGUACGGUCUGGUGUUUGACGCUGGCUCCACACACACGGCUCUCUACAUCUACCGGUGGCCCGCGGACAAGGAGAACGGCACCGGCAUCAUCUCCCAGGUGGAGGCCUGCACCGUGCCCGGACCCGGCAUCUCCAGCUACGCAGACGACCCCGCUGGGGCCGGAGCCAGCCUGAAGCCCUGCCUGGACAAGGCCAUGAAGAUCGUCCCGGCAGAGCAGCAGCGGGAGACCCCCACCUACCUGGGGGCCACAGCGGGCAUGCGGCUGCUGAGGGAGCAGAACAGCACCAAGGCCGAGCAGGUCUUCGCCGAGGUCACCAAGGCCAUUGGCAAGUACCCUCUGGACUUCCGCGGAGCUCAGAUCCUCACGGGGAAUGAGGAGGGCUCCUUCGGCUGGAUCACCGUCAACUACCUGCUGGAGACGCUCAUCAAGUUUUCCUUUGCAGAGAAAUGGGAACAUCCACAGGACACCGAGGUUCUCGGAGCUCUGGACCUUGGAGGUGCCUCGACACAAAUAACCUUCCAGCCUGGAGUCACCAUUGAGGACAAGAACACCUCCGUCUUCUUCAGGCUGUACGGCACCAACUACUCACUCUACACCCACAGCUACCUCUGCUAUGGGCAGACGCAGGCCUUGAAGAUGCUGCUGGCAGCUCUCCACCAGGGCAGCCCAUCUUCCCAGCAGAUAUCACACCCCUGCUAUCCCAAGGGAUACCAGGAGAACAUCACCAUGGCAGGCCUCUACGACAGUCCCUGUGUCCGUGCACCGAGCACACCCAGCCCUGCACAGGUCCUCACGGUGACGGGGACAGGGGACCCAGCAGCGUGCAGCACUGCCAUCCAGAAACUCUUCAGCUUCACCUGUGGGGCCAACAGGACGUGCGGGUUCAACGGGGUUUAUCAGCCACCCGUGCGGGGACAGUUCUUCGCCUUCGCUGGGUUCUACUACACCUUCCACUUCCUGAACCUGACCAGCCAGCAGUCUCUAAGUGACACCAACUCCACGGUCCAGACCUUCUGCAAGAAGAACUGGGCAGAGCUGGUGGAGACCUUCCCGCACGAGAAGGAGUACCUACACACGUACUGCUCCGUGGCGAUUUACAUCUUGACGCUGCUGCUCGAUGGCUACAAGUUCAACGAGCACACGUGGAGCAGCAUCCACUUCAGCCAGCAGGCAGCAAACAUGGACAUCGGAUGGACGCUGGGCUUCAUGCUGAACUUCACCAACAUGAUCCCCACGGAGGCUCUGGAACACGUCAAGGGGCACCAGCCCAGUCUGUGGGCAGGUGCCGUCUCCUUCAUCGUGCUGGCCAUAGUGGCAGGCCUGGUGGCCAUUUUCCUCCAGUGUUUCUGGAAAACCAAGUAG